CGUUUGUGAGUUUCAAGGCAUGUCAGCUUCCGAAUACGAUGCUGCUUUAGUAGAUCACUGCGCCAGAGGUACAGUGCUGCCUAGCUUCUUCCCGCCGGUUGGUUUCCCAACGCAAUUCGACACAUGCUCCUCCUCUCCAUCCAGCUUUUCCCUUCAUUGCACGCGUUCCGUGCCGAUUCUAACGCUUUAAUCUUCCGUCUGGGCCGGGGACUGGGCACACCGCCAUCAUGGUCAACCUCGUGAACGUCGAGCAAAGCAACGCUCAAAUUGCCAAGCGCAAGCACACGAGAAACAUCGCCGUCUUUGUCGGCGCCACGAAUGGCAUCGGCGAGGCUACACUAGAGAUCAUGGCAUCGCUCCUUCAUGCACCAACCUUCUACGUCGUCGGACGGUCAGCUGCGAGGUUUGAGCGGCAGCGUAAACGGCUGGCGGAGGUGAACGCCGACGCCAAAAUCAUCUUCAUCGAAGACGAAAUCUCUUUGAUCGCAGGGGUAGACCGGGCGUGUAAACAGAUUCGAGCGGCGGAGGAUCACGUAGACUACCUCUACAUGAGCUCGGGCAGCCUCCCGCUCGCGGGCCCUGAGUAUACAUCGGAAGGGCUGGAAGCCUGCUUCACCGUCAGCUACUUCGCACGCAUGCGUUUCGUGAGCAACCUGCUUCCCCUCCUACGCAAAGCCCCGAACCCGCGCGUCCUGAGCGUGCUCAAUGCCGGCAAAGAGGCAAAGCUCGACGAGGACGACCUGGGCCUGGUGCAGACCUGGGGCGUGUGGAAGAUGGUGGGCCAUUCGACCACGAUGAGCACGCUGGCUCUGCAUCACCUGUCGGAGCAAGAGCCGGGAAUCGUGUUCAUCCAUGCCUAUCCGGCAUUCGUCAACACCAGUAAUCCGCGACGGAGGAAACCCCCUGCUCCUCCCGGCAUUCUGCAAGCGGUCUAUUUGAAAAUCGUGUCAGUCCUGAUGGCAAUCGCUUGGUACUUCCUCGCUAUUGCUCCCAUUGACUCGGCAAAGCGGCAGGCGUACCACCUGACCAACGAACGAUACACGCCAGGCAUGUGGCGCAUCGAUAACAAGUCCGAGCCGUGGGGAGACACGGCACAGACGAAGCUGGUCGAGGAAUACAAAGAACAAGGCUGGCCGGCACGCGUAUGGGACUUCACGAUAAGUGAAUGGGAGCGCGGUCUGAGCAAAUAAAGUCCACAUAGUCGCGAAAGAAUGAAUGUACGUCGCAAACGACCCGCUUUCUCAUUCCCGGGGGUAAAGAGCAGGAGAUACAAGGACGCCGCUGAGAUGCUCGCUCUGUCGCGCUCGCUGGGAACUGUAUUGAACAAGGACCAUCUUUUCCGGCGCCAGCUGCAUGGGUGCCGUGGCUACGCAAGAAGAGCGCGAUGGAGGGAGAAGGGAGGAGGAGGAGAAA